AUGAGUUUGGGAGGGGUAGAAUGCGUGUGUACGUCUUAUUCCGGAUAUAAAGUUUAUUUUAUCAUUACAAGAUUGAAUAAAGAAGAACAUUAAAAAUGUGUACAUCAUAGACGUUCUAUAUAGUGUUUACAAAUGCUUGUUUAGUAUUUGCCUUUUGUGUAAGUGUCGAUAAUCAUGCAAAAUGGCCAACGAUCUGUGGUCAUGUACCUGUUGUACCGAGGCUCUGACUUGCUGGUUGCGUCUCAAGCUAUCGCCCGAGGAGAUCGAGCAAAGGUACAGAAGCAAAGAGAUCGACAGAAUACUUGAGAAAGAUAAACAGACACUACGGCGGCAAGUUAAAUUAUUGCUACUUGGUGCGGGUGAAAGCGGAAAAUCAACAUUCCUGAAACAGAUGAGGAUAAUACACAAAGUGAAGUUCGAGCCGGAACUAGUGCGCGAGUAUCAGCAUGUGAUAUAUCAGAACAUUGUGAAGGGCAUUCAAGUGUUAGUGGACGCGCGGGACAAGCUCGCGAUACCUUGGGAAAACCCGAGAAAUUUGGACAUCGGUCAACAAGCAUUGCAUUUCAACAGUACGGCUUCGCUGGACAGCCGACUGUUCAUGCAUUAUGCACCGCAUAUACACUCUCUGUGGUUAGACAGAGCCAUAAAGAGAGCCUAUGACAGGCGUAGGGAAUUUCAAUUGAGUGACUCGGUGAGCUAUUUCUUUGGAGAGCUGGAACGUAUAGCGCGGCCGGAUUAUGUGCCCUCUCAUCAAGACAUCCUUCACUGCCGGAAAGCCACGAAGGGCAUCACGGAGUGUACCAUAAAUAUCAACAAUGUGCCAUUCGUAUUCGUCGAUGUCGGCGGUCAGAGGACGCAGCGGCAGAAAUGGACGCAGUGCUUCGAUUCAGUCACGUCGAUACUGUUCUUAGUGUCGUCGUCGGAGUUCGACCAGGUCCUGUCAGAGGAUAGGAAAACAAAUCGUCUCGAAGAAGCGCUCAACAUUUUCGACACGAUCGUGAACAACGUUAACUUCAAAGGCAUUUCUAUAAUACUCUUCUUAAAUAAGUCCGAUUUGCUCGCGAAGAAAGUGGCGAGCAAGGAGACGGACAUACGCUGGUAUUACCCCCAGUUCACAGGUGACCCACACAAUUUGAGAGAUGUGCAAAUGUUCUUGCUCAAUAUGUUCGCAAACGUUCGAAGGGAACCAAAGACAACCCUAUACCACCACUUCACGACAGCCAUAGACACGCACAAUAUAGAGGUUGUGUUCAAUUCAGUCAAAGACACAAUCCUUAAUCGCAACCUCGAAUCUCUAAUGCUGCAGUGACGUCGAAAGACACUAAGAACAUUUUGAAUUGUGAUAAAUUAAAAAAAAAAAAACACUGAAUUCCUUUUUCCGUCUCUUCUAGAUGUUUUAAUGUUCUGUUGUAAUUCCUGAUUCUGUUGUCUGCAUAUAAGCACUUUUAAAAGACAAAAUGAAACGUGAUUUUUAUUUUAUUUAUUUAUUGGGCCUCGCCGACGGCCUACUUUCUUUAGUAUGUAAAUGCACGUAUACCGAUUUAGUUUUUCGGUAAUCAAUGUAUAGUCGUAUCAUAUUGUAAUGAUAAAAUUGUAUAUCUGUUUAUUUAUGACCAAAAACGUAGAUUUUGCACUCGUACGAUGUUUUUUGAUAACUUUACGUACAUAUGUAUCAGCGCUUUGUUAUUGUUUUUAUAUACAAUGUUUUAAGAUCUAGAUGACGUACUGGAAUAGACUUGACGCAAUUUUGUAUCUAAAUAUAUCAAAAGUAUUUUGUAAUGACAAUGGAAUAUCUUCAACUAGAAUUGGUAUCGAUUUUAAAUAUAUACUCUUAUAACACAGUAGUAACUCUAACUGCCAUUAAUUGUUUUUAUCAAUGCCGGGACAAAUGAACGAUUUAAACGAAUUGUUAAUCGAUUAGUAAAUGUACGAAUGAUGAAUUGAUAUAGGGUUGAACAAAAAUAUACUGCAUACAAAAAAUUGUUGAGAUUGUUUUGGCUUGGACAACAGGACUAAUUGCUCAGAAAGUCAUUGACUAGAUUCAUAUAUAUAUCUCAUUCAUUUACUCCCAAAAAUGUUUUCUUUAAAGCAGAGAGAGAGAGAGAAGAUUUACAUAAUAUUUAAGCUCCUCAUUUCCUAGCUCACCGUCAAUUGUGCUCAAUGUUACAGGUUUAAUAAACGAUAUAAUAGCUGCUUAAAAUUACAUUGUAUAUGAUUGAUGGCUUAUUAAAUUGUUCGAAGUAUUUUUCAAUAUUAACUUAUAUAAAAUUAUACUUUGAGAUUUUGAAGUAUACCUCAGAGUAAAAAAAUAAAAGUGACAGGUUGUAUAUGUAUCACUGCCGGGAUAGGACCUCCCCUCCUUUUUAAUGUGGGUUGGUGGUUGGUGGGAUAGUUAUCAUUUUUUUCUGACAAGAACUCAACUCAGCACACGUGACCGAAAUUAAAUUCUGUGCCAGAAACAUCACAUCACUCUUAAGGUUGUACGAAAUCAUUCAAAUUUUUAACUUGCGUCCAAGAAUAAGUUUUAAAAUUCAUCGUAAUUGUCAACCCUAUUUCACUGUCAUAUUGUAAAAGCUAAGUCCAUGGAUAGUUAUUUGUAGUGAAAUGGAUGCACGCAUGGUUUAAGUACAAACGUAAGUACACUGGCAAUAUCGAUGCUGAUGACUUAUUCGAUUGCAUAUUAGGAGUGGAUUAUACAUAGGAAACUGUGAUUAUAAAAUUUUGUAGGCUGUAAACAGCAACGAAGUGUUUUACUAGCACAUUGUAUAUUAAAAACAUAUAUAUGUAUAUAUAGUAAACAAAAAAAUGAUUCGUCUCAAAAUUUUCCGCUCAAUAUACAUACUAGAUAAUUAUAAUUUAGAUGUUUUUUGGAAAAUUUUUACUGGUUUCGUGUAUUAUCAUUUCGAUAAUUAUAUAACAUUUCGAUGAUCGGAUUAAUAUGUUGAUAAUUUAAUAAUUCGGCUUUACAAUUUUUAUACAAUAAUUGUACAAUUUGUAGUGUACGUCGGAUAAUUCAUCAUUUCACAAUAUAAUAACUGACAAUUUGAGCUAUCCUAUUUCUAAAUGAUUAAAUAUAUAUUAUAUAUAAAGCGUUUUAAAAUUUAGCGAUGAAUGCAGAUAAACUUUCCACUUUUGUCUUCUAUACAUCUAUCCUCAACGUUUUGGUCGUAUAGUAUUCCGUCCUCUGACGCAACUUUAUACCUUAUAAUCACUUAAAUAAAAUACAUUUUCGUACGAUUUAAUAUGGGCACAAAACGAACCGAUUCGUUCAUAACCGUUUAAUGUUUUCUUAUUAUUUUAGUGCAUAAUUAUCGAUCAUAAUAAUUAUACUCAUUUAGUUUUAUGAAAUGCAAAUAAGCUUUAGUUUAUUUAUUAUGAAAUAAUUGGUAAUUUUUAGAUGUUUAAGAUAUUUUAUUUAUUCUGUAUAUUUAUAUUUGUAUUAUAUAAAUCGUUUAUUUGAGGCUAUAUAUAUAAAUACAUAUAUUUUAUGAUUAGAUGGAUAAUUUUUCCUAUGAAUUAAUACUUUUCUUUGAUUUUUUAGUUUCCUAAGUGAUAUGUUUGCAUUUAAUUCUGUUUCAAAAGAUAAUUAUUGUUAGAAAAUAAACAAUUGAAAUUAUGACAUGUGUUGAGACACCGUGUAUCUAGAUCGUGUUUUUUUUUUAACUUAUUCGAUAGCUUUAAUUGCGAUUUGUAUGGAAUGGAGUCAGCGCAGUCAAGUGACAAUAAUAGAAUUCCAUACAAAUAGUAGUUAACGAUAACGCUAUCGAAUAAGUAAAAAAAAAUGCACGAAGAACUCUGGUGACCCAAAAUUAUUCUGAUUUAAAAAAACUUGCAUUUUUUACGUACAAAAGGCUCAGGUUUUGUAAUAUUCAUCCGCGAUUUUUAAUUAAAAAACAAGCUAAAUGAAUAUUACUUCAAUAGUAAAGUGGCCAUUUUUAGAAUAAAUAAAAAGUAAAAACAUUAAAAAUUAGGUAUGCACAGUAAAAUAUCAAAUGCAAAUGAUUGCAUAAUGACUGAAAAAUGUUGGGGAGUUUAUGAAUAUCAUUGUUUAAAUCAUUUUUUUUUUUAAUUAAAUCGCAUUUUAGUUAUAAAACAAUAGUUACAUAAUAUAUUUAUUUACCAUUUUUAUUAUAUCAUGAUUUUUUUUUUCUUAAACAACUGAUUCUUGUACUAACUUUGUAUGAUUUCAAAUGAUAAUGUGAAUACUUCGGUUCUUACGUACGUUCGAAAAUUUAAUGUAAAGCUUAGUUAACACGAUAGAUGAUGCAAUAACGAUACGUAUGAAAAAAAAAACAAUAUUGAAUAAGCUACCAAAGAGAGGAUUAAUUUAUUUACAAAUAGCCAUAGAUUUUUUAAAACAAUAAUUAUGAAUAUAUAUCUUUUUUUUUGUAUAAAAAUGUAAUUCGUUUAAUUUGAUUCCGAUGAAUUUAAAAACGUGCAAAACGUAAGGUUAAUACUCAUCAAGAGUUCUCGGGUGUAAUGUGUAGAAUGGGAAUCGGACUGUGAGUAUAAUGGAUACCUUAAUUAUCUCGACCGUUCUUUCGUCCGUGUAAUGUGUAUAUGACGUAUGGUUUCUAGAUUAAAGUAACGUAAAGUAAGUUUGUAUUUAUAAACUCAUCUCGACCUCGUCGGUGAAGGAAACAAGUGUCUAAUUUCACUGAAUUCUGCCUCAUGUAUAUCCAACAAACUGCGUUGGAGCAGCGUGAUGGUGGAAGAGUAGGCCUCUUACACCAGCAGUGGGACACUCACAGGUUUUCUGUUACUUGAUACUACUGUACAUUUGUUUUAAUUCACCGAAAGAUGGCGCUGCAGCCUAAAUGUUUACACUGUUCAACAAAUCGCCAUGAGAAUUGGUAUAUACACAGACAGGACAACAUCUGUCGGGUUGCUACUUAAGUAUGAUUAAACUUAACAUAUAAUUAAAUAAAAUCUAUUUAAUUAAUUCGGUAAUGUGGUGUAGACUACAUUUCGUUUUGUCGUAUUCAUUGAUAUAAUUCUGCUGUAAUUUUCUAAACUAUUACAUUACACGUGAAUUUCUCUUGGCAAGUUUACGAUUACGCUGAAUGAUACAAGAAGACUAUGUGGAAGUAAUUCUGACACGAUGCAUAAUCGAUGUUGAAACCCCACUUAGUGAUACGCUAUUGCGGCGUAUGUCCUUUAAACCUUAUGAUUUUUUUUGUCAAUAUUGCAUGUCUCUUUAUGUCAGUGAAUGAUGUUUCACGAUUGAGUUCGAUAUUGAGUUUCGAUUUUGUUCUUUCAGAAUAUCCACAUAGAAAUCAAAAUUGAAAAGUAAAUGUUUAUUAGACUCAUCCAUAUGUUUUUUUUAAUAUAAAUUUUAUAUGAUUUAAUAAUUGUCAUUAUGAAUUGCAUGAUAAUAAUGUUUUUUUAAUAGACUCGAAAUUUGUAUCGAUUCGUCGCUUUGUGAUGUUAAUUUUUGUAUUAUAUAAAAUGUAUGACGUAUGCAAUGGAAUCUUGAAGCAAUACAUGAAAUUAAUUUAAAUAUUGUUAAUAUGUAAUUUUAAUUAUGAUUAAAUAAAAAAGUUAUUAUCUGUACCUUAAAUAUAGAAUUAAAAUGUAAAUAUAAUUUAUGAUUUACAUCAGAUAAUCUGUAUCUUAUUUUACGUCUGUGUUGCGUGAUUUAAUUUUUUUUAAGAUUUCAAAUGAUUAAUUGAAAAUUUUCAAACUGACAUUUAUAAAUAUAAAAAGAAAAUACAUGCCUUGAAAGAAUUGUCUAUCAAAACUCAUGGUGAUUGUAAUUUUUUUUUAUCUGUGCAAGUAAAUUUCAAAAUAAAUAUAAUAUUAAUUUUAUGCAACAUAUUGUAUAGUUGUCCUACUUGUAUCAUAUUUCCUGUAAAAUAUUGGAUCUAUUAUUUUUAGUUAAAUGCACAUUUUUAUACUUUUAUAAAAUUAUAUACUUGAAACGCUUAGGGUUGCCAUAUACGGGUUUUAAAAUUUAUGUUGUUUGUAAAUUGUGUAAAAUUAAAAAGAUUUAACUAUAAGGUUUAUAAAAUAUAUUAAUAACAUAAUUUCCAAACUCGUAUGUGGUAUUUAUUUUGUACAAAUAAAUAAGCAUAUUCAUAAAUAUGUAAUUUAAUUAAAUUUAAUUUGAAGUAGAACACAUGUAGGGCGGUAAAGGUAUAUAGUAAGUUCGGAAAAUGGGUCUCAAAGUAGCGACUAAGUCGAGGCAAUGUGAUAGGCUGAUUGAUGUUGUGUAUAUUGUGAUAAAUAUUCACUGCAAUUUAAUCCUUAUCAAAUUAAUUUAAAGCUUAAAAUAGAUUCAGACUUUUAGUUAAUAUAUUUCUUUAAAUAAAUCAUACUUUUGUCUGUGAAGUGAAAUGAAGAAGAAAAAAAUGAAUUCGAAAUCGGUUAUUUAAAUUAAGAACAGUAUUUUUUAAUUAAAGAGAAGUUGUAGUGAAUAUAUAACACGAUCGUAUUAGUUAUAAAUGCCGUGGGUGCCAAUUCUUAUUGCUUGAAAAUCCAAUAAUAAAUGUUUAUUUAAUAAAAUUAUGGUAUGUUGUUUGAUAGGAAUAGAGAUAGCUCACGAGGCUAAGUAACUAGUUAUUGUAGUUAGUUGUAUGUUACGAAUGUUUAAAGGUAUGUUACGUCAUAUACACUCAUGUUAACGUAUGCUAGAGUGUUGACAAUAUCUUUUGGAAUUCCUCUAUAUUUUGUAUACAGCCCAAUAUUUAUUGUACAGUGUAAUAAAAUACCAUGCAUGUA